AUGCCUCCCAUCACUACUCCAUUCGGGCACGCCGUGCCGCCCGUGCGACCUCACGCCGUGACGGUGCAUAUGCCCUCCUGGUCGGACGUGGAGCGCCUGAGCGCCGAUCCGCCCAGUGUGAUCGCCGAGUUCACAAACGCGUACCCGCGCAUGAAGCCGCACCGGUUGAUUGCCUCAUUGACAGAAAAAACCCUCCAAUACCUGCAGCUGGACACCUCCUCCGCAGCGUUUGUGUUUGGAUCGCUGCAGUCGGCGCGACAGUGCAUCGAGUACGCGACGGACCGCCGCAGAGACGACGGCGGCGGCGCCAAGAAGCCCGUCCCCGCAGGCGAGAUUGGGAUCCGCGCCGUGCGGGCGAAAGACGUCUUUUUCCUGGUUGUGUUUCCCGUGGAAUCCGUCUCGGUCGUGGCGGGCUUCUUCUCGCAUGUCGGCGUCGGGGUUUCGUCGCGGUUUGCAGAGGCGAAUCUGGGCCAUCUCGACCGGUUGGAGGAGGUCGAACUGACGGAAGAAGCCACAGAGGGAGCGUUUUCAUCGCCGGCGCAUGGCGAGCUCAAGGAACGCAUCGUCUACCAUCUCAAUCGGUCGCCGCUGAAUGACUCGCCCCGGCCGUCGGUCGAGGACGUGUUCCUGUUCCCGACGGGGAUGGGCGCCAUCUGCAAAUCGCAUCUGUACCUGCUGCAGCACCGGCCGGGAGUCAAUGUGAUCUUCGGGAUGGUGUUUGCCAACACCAUCACUGCGUUUGAGGAUAUCGGGCAGGGGUGCAAGCUGUUCGGCAAGGCCGACGACGCCGAUCUGAUCGCCCUCGAGGCCUUUCUCCACGAGGAGCAAUCCCACGGCCGAACCGUGCAGGCCAUCUGGACCGAGUUUCCCGGCAACCCGCUGCUGGCGGCGCCGGACCUGACGAAACUGCACGCCCUGGCCCGCCGGUACUCGACGCUGCUGGUGGUCGACGACACGGUCGGCAGCUUCGCCAACGUGGACGUGCUGCCCUGCGCCGACCUGGUGAUCACCUCGCUGACCAAGUCGUUCAACGGCUACGCCGACGCCAUGGGCGGCAGCGUGGUCUUGAACCCUGCCUCGCCGCACUACCACGCCCUCAAACCCCUGUACGAGAGAGAGUACGUGCCGGAGAUGUACGUGACCGACGCGCAGACCAUCGCCGCCAAUAGCCAGGACUACCUUGUGCGCACGACGACCAUGAACGCCAACACCCUCGCCCUGGUGCAAUACCUGCAGACCUGCGCGGAGGACCCGACCAGCCCCGUCGAGAAGGUGUUCCAUCCGUCCCUGAACGCGUCGGGCAAGUAUUACGCAGAGUACAUGCGGAGACCGGUCCAAGGCGAGGAGUUUCGCCCCGGUUAUGGCGGGCUGUUCAGUGUCGAGCUGCGCGAUCUGCCCUCCACGAUUGCGUUCUACGAAGGGCUGAACGUGCACAAGGGGCCACAUCUGGGCUUGCCGGUCACCCUCGAGAUGGCCUAUACGCAGGUGCUCUUCGGCAAGAAGCUCGACUGGGCGGCUGAGCAGGGCUUGAAGCCGACGCAGAUCCGGAUUGCCGUCGGCCUGGAGGAGAGGGAGCUUCUUUUGGAUACUUUCCGGACGGCAGUCGCUGCUAGUCGAUAG